AUGGAAUGCGAACCACACAAGAAAACAACCACCGACGCCAACACACAGACACCAACCCAACCAACACCAGCAGUACCCGCUAUAGGAGAGAAUUUUUCGAACAAUUCUUCGAACACUAACCUCGACUCCUUCACUCAAUCGCCGUCCCCCACAACCGACCGAGAACCCCAAAUAGCCCCACUAGCCUACUCUCCGCAACCUCCUCCUCCUCCUCGUCGUCAACCAAACCCGCCCGCCACCUCGCCCCAAAAUCAACAACCGACCUAUGCCUCUGUCCUCCAGCAAUCUGUCGCAUCCACGCCAGGAUCGAUUCCUUCAAUGCAAAAGCCUAUCACUUCCGCAAAACCUGCAAAAUCCGUAAUCACAAUCGAAGAUCUUCACCGCCGUUUUCACAAUAAGCCGUCACCGUUCCAGCUCGAUGAUAAACCAAAGCAACGUGCGACUAAACCACCGUCCAGGCAGUUUGGAUCAAUCUCAGGGAUCAAUCAAUAUGUAUUUAGAAAGUAG